AUGGCUCCUGCACCUUCGAUCGAGAAGCUGGACAAAUCCGAGGUGAAGGAGAUUGUCGUUCAGGUCAUCGAUUCAGACGACAUCCGUUUGGCAGAGCUAGGAUACAAGGGCGAAUUCAAGCGGGAAUUUUCGCUGCUCGAAACCAUCGCCUUUGCCUUUUCCAUCAUGGCCGUCAAUGGAGGCGUUAGUUCCACUCUUUCCUUUGGACUCCCUUCAGGAGGCCACGUAGGCAUGGUCUGGGGCUGGUUCAUUCCGUGCAUGUUCAUCAUGUGCGUCGCGGCAUCAAUGGCCGAGCUGGCGUCUUCAAUGCCCACCAGUGCCGGAUUGUACUACUUCUCAGCAAAGUUGGCACCCGAACGGUACUCAGCCUUAGCUAGCUGGAUUACCGGAUGGGCGAACGUCACCGGCCAGGUCACCCUUGUGUGUUCGAUUGACUACACAGUAGCACAGAUGAUCACAACCGCUGUGGCUGUGGGUACGGAUGGCUCCGUCACUCUGGGUGCAGGGCCAACCUAUGGGAUCCUCCUCGCCAUCUUGGUGAUCCACGGCUUCAUAUGUUCUUCGGCAACUCGCAUACUCGCAAGACUGAACUUAUUUUACGGCUUUCUGACUAUGGCCGCAACUAUCGGAGCUAUCAUAGCCUUGCUCGUCUGCUCAGGAGACAACAAGGUGUCUACAGAGACCGCCUUUGGGUUGUUCGAGAAUAACACAGGCUGGAAGAACAAUGGCUGGGCCUUCCUCCUCUCUUUCGCCGCUCCCAUGUGGUCCUUAACAGGCUAUGACUCCGCGGCGCAUAUAUCCGAAGAGAUCUCAGGCGCAGCACGCACAGCACCCAUUGCGAUCCUUGCCUCCGUCGCGGCAGUCGGAGGACUGGGUUGGAUAUACCUCAUCUGCGCGUCGUUCGCGCUGGCGUCAGUGCCCGCGCUCCUCGAGACGAAGCUCGCGCUCCCGAUGGGCCAGAUACUCUUGGACGUCCUGGGAAAACGGGGGAUGCUUGCGGUGUGGAGCUUCACUCUUGCCUCACAGUUUCUAUGCGGCGCGGCACAAGGCGUGGACGCAUCGCGCGUCGUGUUCGCCUUCGCACGGGACAACGCGCUUCCUGGAUCGCGAUGGUGGAAAAGGAUGAACCCGCACACUCAAACUCCGGUCAACGCCGUUUGGUUGGUGGUCGUCCUGUCGGCGUUCUGCGGGUUGCUCGGGUUCUCUGCCACUGCGUUCUCUUCUCUUGCUGGAGCAUCCGUGAUAGGACUGUACACGUCGUACGCAGCGCCAAUCUUCCUGAGGAUAACUUCAGGCCGGGAUAAGCUCGUCCCAGGGCCGUUCGCUCUCGGACGAUGGUUCAUGCCGAUAGGCACCAUCGCGGUCGCGUGGGUCAGCUUCGUUGUGGUCCUCCUUUGCUUCCCUGCAAGUCAGACGACGAAUGCAGUGGAAAUGAAUUAUGCGUCGGUCAUCGUGCUGGCGGUCUUCAUUUUCGCUGCGAGCUCUUGGGUCCUGUCGGCGAGGAAGUGGUUCGUUGGGCCGCUACCAAACAUUGAUGCGACACGAGCUCUGUGCACUGCGAAAGCUCAGCAGCUGCCGUAG